AUGCCCUUUCCAUACAAAGACAGCCGGUUCUACCAGAGCUUCACUCCUCAACUGUUAGGCUCUGUAAGCUUGAUCGCACUAUCCACGUUCAAUUAUGGGUUCGAUAACCAGGGCAUCGCUACCAGCCAGGCAAUGGCAGCAUACAAACGACAGUUUGGUGUUUAUAAUGCAAAGACGCACACAUGGGCAAUUCCAACGUACUGGACGUCUUUGCUGAAUAGCCUCAAUUUUAUCGGUUUUGCUGUAGGGCUAUAUCUGGGAAGUCUCAUCAGCGCACGGUACGGCCGCAGAAUGGCAAUGUUCUGCAUGUCACUGUGGGCGUUGAUGUCUGCCACGGUUCUCAUCACGUCCUCGACAAUCGAGCAAGUCCUCGCGGGCAGAAUCUUAAACUAUGCAUACAUCGGCAUGGAACUCGCAACUUGUCCGGUUUUCCAAGCGGAAAUCGUCCCUGCCCCGAUCAGAGGAUUAGCGGUAGGGACAUACCAGACCAGUCUCUUGUUAGGCGGCAUCAUCAUCAACAGUGUCUGUCGCGGAACAAGUAAUCUCGAUAGCAAUGCUGCGUGGAGAAUCCCCCAAGGCCUGUUCUAUAUCGUUCCCACAAUCAUAGCGUGUAGCAUCUGGUUCAUUCCCGAAUCGCCCAGAUGGCUGUUGCUUAACGAUCGUGCUGAAGAAGCGUUGGACUCACUUCAACGACUCCGAUCUUCUCAGCCCGGCUACGAUCCCCAGCAGGAACUCGCCCUUCUCCGACUAUCCCUGCACGAAGAGAAAGACCAAGGAACGUACCUGGAUCUAUUCAAAGGAAGCAACCGAAAACGGACCUUCAUCGCCAUCGGCAUGAACUUCUUCAUCCAGGCAACCGGCUCCCCAUUUACCGCCGCAUACGGAACGCUCUUCGUGCAAUCGCUCAACUCGCUAAAUCCAUUCGAUUUCUCCAUCAUGAGUUCCUGCAUCAACACCCUCUCGUGCCUGGUUGCCAUCUGCAUCACUGAUCGCAUCGGACGACGACCCCUCUUGAUGAUCGGCUCUUGUCUCCAGAUCGUCUGGCUAUUUACAAUGGCCGCAUUGGGAACAGUCAGUUCUCCAUCUGCGGCACAGAAGCAAACGAUCGUUGCCGUCACGGCCUUGUCCUCUGCAAGCUUGUGUAUGAGCUGGGAUCCGCUCAACUAUAUCAUCACGACGGAGCUUCCGGCCCCGAAACUGCGUGAUAAGACGCAGCGGGUGGCCUCGUUCGUCAAUAUUCUUACAAACUUCGUCUUCUCAUUCAGCGUUCCCUACCUUCUCAACGCCCCAUAUGCGAAUCUCCAUGCAAAAGUUGGAUUCAUCUUCGGGAGUCUUGCAUGCUGUUCUCUUGUCUUUGCUUACUUCUGCGUUCCGGAAAUGCGGGGCAAAUCUCUCGAAGAGGUUGAUCGGAUGUUUCAGGAUGGGGUGCCGGUCCGCAAUUUUAACAGGGAGAAUAGCGCUUUGAAAGAUAUGGCUGAUGAGAGCCUGGAUGCAGAUGUCGAAGUGGUGGGCACUGCGAAGAUUUGAUCAGGCUGU